GCAUGGAAUGAUGCGUGUGGAAGUAAUGGGGGUGCUACGGUUUUAGUACCGUAUGGGAUGUUUAUGCUCGGUCCUGUUGCAUUUGUUGGACCGUGCAAGGGACCUAUUAAUUUUAAUCUGAAAGGAUCGUUAGAGGCUUCUAACAAUCCUUCAACCUUUUUCUUAGAUCAUUGGAUUAGUUUCAAGUAUGUUGAUCAGUUGGUGCUUAAUGGUGGCGGUUUUUUGAUUGGGCAUGGUGAGGCAGCGUGGCGCUAUAAUGAUUGCGCCACCAAUUCCCGGUGCAGAUCUCUUCCUAUUACAAUGCGGUUUGAUUUUGUUACUAAUUCAAGAGUGAACUACAUACAUUCGAUCAAUAGCAAAAAUGCGCAUUUCAACUUAUUCGCGUGCCACAACUUCAACAUGAGCCACAUUCGGAUCAUUGCACCCGAGGAUAGCCCCAACACGGAUGGUAUCCAUAUUGGGAUCUCGAGCAAUAUCAACAUCCGAGACAGUAUCAUAGGCACCGGUGAUGAUUGUAUCGCGAUGCUUGAAGGUAGUCGCGAUAUUGAAAUCACUGGAGUCCAUUGUGGGCCGGGUCAUGGGUUUAGCGUUGGCAGCCUAGGUGGGACCCGCAACGAAGAAACUGUAAGCGGCAUAGUCAUAAGAAAUUCCACUUUAAGAGGGACCCAAAAUGGAUUAAGGAUCAAAACAUGGGCACCCUCUCCUCCUAGCCUUGCUACUAAUUUUUUAUUUGAUGAUAUCAUUAUGGAUGAUGUCAAUAAUCCAAUUUUUAUCGAUCAACAAUAUUGCCCAAGACCUCCUUGCAACUGGAAGGCGCAAUCGAACGUUAAAAUAAAGAACGUGACAUUUAGGAAAGUUCGUGGCACGUCGAGUUCUCAGGUUGCAGUUAAGUUGCAAUGUAGCAGGAGCGCCCCGUGUGAAGGGGUGAAACUCGUGAACAUUAACUUGGAUUACAGAGGGCCGGAAGGACGAGUGCAGUCUUCUUGCUUGAACGUCUAUGGAGCGUCGUAUGGAUUGCAACUUCCAUCGGGCUGUCUAUAGGACUACUACUAGCUAGCUACUUCAACUCUUUGAUCACUCUUCCGUCUUUAUAAUUUAAAACUAGUUUUGAUCAACCUGAGAAGGUCUUAAGUUUCUUUCCGGUUGCUUUGUGUAAAUGAAAGCUUGCUAAAAUUAAGCUUUAUAACCGGGUUCUAU